ACACAUGUCGAUAAGAGAUUUCGAUAAAUCAAAAAACUUCCCGCCAACACGGAUAUAACCCCACUUUUCCCGCUCGUGCUGUCACCAUGCAGAGUAUUUUCAUAUGUAAUUAGCGUGCGUUGGACCUGCGAGGCCUUUCUAAAAACCGCAUUUUUGCAUCAAAUAGCGUCACGAUGACGAUAAAUUCGACAUGAUUCGCACAGUAGCCGUGUCAUUGGUCACAGUGGUAUUUGAGUAUAGCUAAAUUCUCGAGGUAAUAAUGAGUAUAAUGGAUUUUCUCUUGAGCUGGCCGCUCUUGAUACUGCAGCUUCUGAAGAUGAUUCGUCGCCUAUUUGCGACAUUCAUUGAACAGCCCGUGCAGGGUCAGGCGGCGGAAGUUCUGCCCUCGCCAGCACCGCUGCCCGGGCGACAGUUCUCCAAUCCGCGUCUGCAGAGCCUCUCCUGGCUCCACGCCGCCGCCCCGUGCUUCCCUGUCCGCGGCGACUGCAUCACGGUGAUCCACGACCCGAGAGUAUUCUACGAGACCGUCCUGUCCAAGUGCGCCUCCGCCAAGCGACGCAUCAUCCUCGCGAGUCUGUACUUGGGCAUCGGGCAGCUGGAAACGAAGCUGAUCUCUGUGCUGCGCGAGAAUCUGCGUGAGAACAAAAAGCUGGAGGUGGACUUUCUUCUGGACUUCACGCGUGGCACGCGCGGAAAAGUGAGCUCGAGAACCACGAUAAUGCCACUGAUUGAGGAGAGUGACAAUGUGAGCUUGUCCCUCUAUCACACUCCCGCUCUGCGUGGCAUCACCAAGAAGCUCGCCCCGCCGCGGUGGAAUGAACUCCUUGGGCUGCAGCACAUGAAGGUGUACUUGUUCGAUAACUCCGUCAUCAUCAGCGGAGCGAAUCUGUCCACUGACUACUUCACGAAUCGCCAGGAUCGCUACAUCAUGAUCGAGAACAAGUCUCUGGCGGACUUCUAUGCGGGACUUGUGGGCAAGGUGCAGGAGUUCAGUGUGCAGGUGUCGAAGGACGCACAAUUGCAGCUGAAUCCAUCCUGGAUUCACUGGCCAUACGAGGGCAGCCAGAAUGACUUCGUGCAGGAGGCGCGCAAUAGGAUCUUCUCAUACUUCAGCGAGGUUGUCGAACGACAAAAGAAUUCUGUUGACUCGGAGUCAGAUGCAGACACGUGGAUCUUCCCUGUGAUUGAGAUGGGUCAGCUUGGGAUUCAUCACGAUAGCGUAGUGACGAAGGCUAUAUUCCAAAAUUCUCAGUGCGGAUCUCGCAUCCGGAUGGCCACUGGAUACUUCAAUCUCACCCAAGAGUACAUGAACAGCAUCACGGAUUGCCAGGCUGAGUGUGCAAUCCUGAUGGCUCAUCCAAAUGCAAACGGUUUUAAGGGCGCCAAAGGACCCGCCGGAGGAAUCCCAGACGCUUACACGCUCAUCGCGAGGCAAUUCCACGAGAAACUGACGCGAGCGCAGCAAGACCACCGCGUGAGUCUCUUCGAGUAUCAACUGCCCGGAUGGACGUAUCACGCCAAGGGACUGUGGUACUACUUGCCCGACUCCAGCCUGCCCGCGAUGACACUCAUUGGCUCCUCCAACUUCGGCGAGCGCUCCGUGAAUCGUGACCUGGAGACGCAAGUGUGCAUCGUGACGGAAAACGUGGAGCUGCAGAAGCGCCUCGAGGACGAGUGCAAUAAUCUCUAUCGCCUGGGCACGGCGGCUGAGUCAGAGAUCACACGGCGGAAUAUCCCGAGGUGGGUGAGAGCCGUUGUGUCCGUGUUCAAGAACUUCUUCUAAUUCAACCCGUGGCCGGUGUUUUCCAUGCCAAUAUAGUCAAUAAAUUUACGGCAGUAGAAAGAAAUAAAAUGGAGUUAUUUCACAAUAUCUCAUAUGUUUAUUCAUAAGAGAUGAGAUUUCAUUAUACAAAAAGAUGGGGAGGGUACUUAAAUGUAUUCUUAAAAUGCUCACAGUGUGGACACAAGUGUGAGAAAGAAAUAAAUUAUGGUCACGUCAAAGAGGUAAAUCCAGUAAAUUUCACUUUGCCUUUUUUUCUUCUUUAAAUCUACCCAUAAAUUUGUCUUUUUUUGUCAUUUCAAUCAUUUCAACUCACGUUUUUUUCUCUUUUUUACCUUUCUAACAAUAAUUUCUAAAUUUUUUACGAUAUCGAAUUUAAUAACAAGUUAUAAUUUUGACAGGAGAAAUAAAAUUCUAACUCUUAUAGAAACUUAUAGAAAAAAAUCAUACAUUGUAAAUCCAAAAAAAAAUUGCUUCUUAUACGAUUUGAAUAGAUUUUUGCUCCUUAUCUUAUUACUCGAGAAAUAUGAGGGAGGAAAAAGCCUUAAGUGUUUUAUUACCAAUAAAUGAUAUUAUUCCGAGGAGAUCUCACUCUCUCUCUCUAAACUCUUGGACACCGCGCAACGUCACACAGUCACAGGAGAUUUGAUCGGGAAAAGAAAACCUACAUGACGAAGACCUUCUCGAUUUUUGGCUGACAAAAUGUCUGAUUUGUGAUGGGACACACAAUUAUGCCAUUCUCUUUUGUGAUGUGUGGCAAAGCCUGCAAGAAGGAGAAGAAGACUCAGAUGAAGUAUUGGCUAAAGAGUUGUGUAAAUAAGAGAAAUUAAGGAACAGAAGAUGAGUUAAAACGCUCUUUGUUUGAGCAAGAAUAAAGUGUGUUGAAAA